AAUUGGUAUUGGAUUUGGGGAAAUGCGUGUUAGUAUUGACUGGUGUGUUUGCUUUCUGAGAAAUAAGCCUCGAGGGAUUGUUAUGAAGUGUGAAUGCCCUAAAUCAAUGAUGUAGAACUGUGAAGGUUAUUGGUUAACUCUAUCUUGAUUGCGUUUUCAUGGAGCUUCGAGCGGGGCGUGUAGAGGUUAACCUAGUGUAAUUUCGACGCGUGUAUGUGAAUACCUUGCAGCCUCUGUAUCAGGAGAUUUGAAUUUAAGUGAUGCGCGGAAGUUAGGAAGAGUGUGAGAAGCACACGCUAAUUCACGCAUUCCCUGGGUGCAUGGAUACAUUGGGAAUCAAUUCAAGAGCUUUAGUUCUCGAGCUGAAGCAGAGCAGUACUUGCGUGGCGUUUCGGCAAUGUCAAAACCAUUGUCAAAAAAAGCGAAGUCUCCCAAAUUGGUGAAGGUCAAGCGCAGUCGGUCCCACCUACCUAAGCUAACUCAACCGACUUCAACAGCUGAGGUUUUAGAUAUGAAAGUCGUGCCGAAAGACCAAGCAGGUGAUGUCUAUCAAGUUGAAUACGAUGGCGCUUCAAAAAAAAAUCCAGGUCCGGCUGGCGCUGGGGCUUUGGUGCGCCGUCCUGAUGGAUCUGUGGUGUGUGAGCUUAGAGAAGGAAUUGGGUCUGCGACCAACAAUGUAGCAGAGUAUCGAGCGUUCAUAUUAGGCUUGAAGGGAGCGCUUGAUAGAGGAAUCUAUCGUGUGAGGGUUCAAGGAGAUUCUAAACUUGUCUGUGAACAAGUCUUGGGUAGAUGGAAGGUAAACCAACCCACACUUGCCACCUUGUGUAAGGAGGCUCAGAGCUUGAUUCAACAUUUCUCAGAAUUUUCCAUACAACAUGUUGAUAGAGAGUUAAAUUCUGCAGCUGAUCAGCUAGCAAAUGAAGCUGUGCUUCUACCAGAAUCAAAGUUUGUGAGCUCAUUUGACCGAAUAGAGGCGCGCGAUAGAAUGGUAGCGGCUGAGGCAGCAACCUUGGGUGAUGGAUGCUGGCGACGAGAUAGGGAAAGAAAAACUUACGGGAUUUUCGAUUUUGCAGAGUGUUCUAAGUUGCGAUUAGCCUGCAGGUCGUACUAUAUUAACUUCCGCUCUUCUAAUGUGAUCGGAGCCGAAAGGUUGCGGAGCCUUUUUUCCCCUUACAAAGGAACACGAGUAAAUUUAUUAGCAGCGAGACCUAGGGUUACUAAUACAAGUUGGAUUUUGACAAGAAGGUGUUUCGCCAACAUGGCUAUAAGACUACGUCUAUGAUUCUGGCUCGAUCCAUUCAUAAAGGCUUGGAACAUCAUACAAACAUCAAAAUAGGGCUGGAGACAUUUGGCCAAGGCACGUGCUUUUCUUAUUUUUAAAUCGUUCUGGUCUGGUGUCUUUAGAUAUGGAAAUCUUAGAGCUCCUAGUUAAGGUCUUUUUCGAAGUGAACGUUUUGAAACCAGGAAGGACGUGAUAUGGAUUACGCUUGUUAUUCUCAAGCUAAGCUUUACAAGUUUCGAAGUUCAAAUAUUUUUUUGUAGUUUAAAAAUUGAGAGGUUAGAGUGAUUUGUAGUUUGGAACCUCUAUUUUCAAGUAAAGAAUUUUGAGAGUUAACAAAUUGGGAUGAUGAGUCUUUUUUGUGAGUAAGUUAUUUUAAAGCUGAGCAAGAA